GGGCAAGUCAUCCGAUUGGUUGUCGAUACUCGGGGCGUGAAGGUUUCGAGCAAGCGCAACUCAUUCACUCCGGUUGUUGCACUCGUAGAGCUCCUUGAAUUUUCAAUAAUGGAAAGAAAAAUGUUUUCCUUACUUCCUAGUGUUUUUAAACUAGUUAUCGCGAUGCGGUCAAUGAAAUAACGUUUGUCCAUUACUCCGGGUCGCGGUCUUUGAAAAUGUGCAAAAUCGACUUUAGUUUUUGAGACUAUUUUCUCACAGUCUCCAUAAUCAUGGAAAAGUUGCAACUCCUUACAUUGUGAAAUUAAACGCCCUUCAUUUGCCGGCCAGUCAUGGACGACAAAAGAGUUCCGCCCCGGUUCGGCGGUUCCAAAGUGUCCGAAAUAGCCAACAUUUUCCAAAACCGAGUGCCAAAUCAGAAAGAAGAAACCUUAAUCGUGCCUCUGAAAAAACCUCAAAAGAACAGCAACUCGCAAGAGAAAAUCGACGCCGAAUCGGCCUCGGUCACAGUAAUGAGAACCGAGUCUCACGUAACCAGAUUCAACAACGCGAGAGCGAUGUUCGAAAAGCUGGGAUGCGAAGACCAAAAGCCAGGCGCCAAAGCGGUACCGCUACAAAGCACAAAAAGCGCUUCAAAUAUCAUGGAUAGAUCGAGAAGUAGCUCAGCUAAUAGCGAAACCAGAGAAACAAAAUCGCAAACAUCUAGAUCGCCUUCGCCGGUUCGGUACUCGCAAGAUUUCAGCAACAGCGUUCCAGAACUGAAGUCAAACGGCAUCAAAAACGGCAGCGAUAUUGUUAAGACAAACGGUCAGGAUGCCAGGCCGGCUUUGAUGAAAAAACCGGAAAAGCCAGAAAAGCCCGAGAGGAAAUUCAACAGCAAGGAAUUGAUAGAAAGGCAGAAAAACUGGACGUCGCAUUUUUCGAAAAAUCGCGGGUCGAGGUACAACAGCGACCCUAACAAAUUUGAAGUCAAGCUAGCUGUCAACAAUCGGACGGAUUCGGUGCAGGAACCUUCGGUGAAUCCCAGAGGUGGUUCUGUCGCAACUAGAAGUGCUUCGUUUAAUAAUAAUUCCAGGAUAAUUAGUCCGCCGACAUCGCCACCUCCAGAUCCGCCAAUCAGGACCGAAGCUUCGCGUCGUGUCUUAAUUAAAAAAGAUCGUCCAGUGUCUUGCAGCGUCUUACCAACAACUCCUUCAAGCGUAGCUAAAUACGAUUCUUCUCCCAAUAAUGAUUUUGUCCAAAUCCUUUCAAAAGCCUCACAUGAAGUAACUCCUCACCAGGAGAAAAAAGAUAUCGUGCCCAAAUGUUUGUUUAAAGAGGAGAAAAAUGAUGUUUUAUUGCCUCCUAGUGUAGCUAAAUCUCCUUUGGAGGUUAGCAGGGAAAAUCUAUCAGCUACAUCUGGCAGUUUGUCUUCACUUAGUCCACCUAGUAGUCCAAGUAAAUUGAAAUCUGAGCAAGAGAAGCAAGAGGAGGAAAGCAAUGAGAAGUCACAUAUUAAUAUGAGUGACAACGACAACAACAAAGAGAUUAAGACUGACGACCUCCAAGCUGUGCCAAGACGAACUAAAGUGUCUAGCAUUUCCCUAAACAUUCCGCCUGCCGGUUUGGGUAGCAGACCGUCUUCGAUUAUCACCACUUCUGACGAAGGCGGCUUCAAUGAACCGUCGCCGAAAAUCGAAGCCAGGCUAAAACCUCACGAGGAAAGCCUCUACGAUUUUCCUGUCAACGAAGACAUCCCGGUCGAGUUUGCGGACAACUCUCCCGAGGAUGUAAAUGAGUAUUCUGAAGGCGAAGUCAUUGAGGAAAACCCAGUGAAACUAACGCAAGCUGAAAUUGAAGCUUUAUACGCUGUUCCUAAUAAAAAUAAGAAUGUUAUAAACAUGCCUUCGGAAGAAAGACAGUAUUCAGUUCCUGAACGCAAAACUUUAGACUUUGACAAGUCCUUGUCGCCGACAGACUCGGACGCUGGCUACGCAGUUCCUUACAGAUCUCCUAGUAUGUACCAUCAAAAAUCCGUAACUUCAACAGACUCAGAUGCUUCACAAGUCACAGUGAUUCCAGCACAAAAAUCUGACAUAAUGUACCAGAACCAAACUCCGGUAAUAAACUCCGUAUUAUCAGAAUUGGAAAGUUUUGAAGCGAGCAGCGAGUAUUUUUUGAAUAAGGAACGCGAAAAUAGCGAUUCGAGGCCCGAACCGUUUAUUAUAUGCAGGGAAGUGUUGCAGACUGAAAAACUGGCCAGCACUCCUGAAAAUAGACGUUCCGAAGCGAAUAUUUUGGACUCCAACGAUGUAGAAUUUGCCGAUGCUAGCGACACAGAAGAGAAAUUGGACUCAAUGACACCGGACGAAGCUGAAAAUCUUCUUAGCGCAAAAAUUCUGGAGAAAAAAAUUAGGCCUGAUCUACUUUCGGACGAAGAAGCCCAAGAAGUCACUCGCCUAUUACAUCAAAAACUCAACAAAUACACCAACUCCAUAACUGCAUCAGUAUACGAUUCAUCAGGUCCAGUUUCCUUAAAUGACAGCUUGGGCCCGCCAUCUUUGCAAGAAGAAUCAGAGUCUUUUAAUGUUAAAAAGAUGGAUAUCGAACCUUUAUCUCAGUACUACGAGUCCACUUCCAGCUUGGACACAUCCACUCAGGACGAGGAAGAAUUUUUGAAUCAUUCCAAAUUUGAUGCCAGUGUUUCGGCUUCAGAUUCUGGCCUGAUCGAUUCAGUUACCAGUAUGUCUGAAACAAACAAUCUUGAAACUAUAAGUGAAGAUGUCACGGACUUUGUUGCCAAACCUGUUCCUAUAGUAGGAGUGGAACAUGGAGUUCACUAUUACGAAGACGGACAUUUUUGGAUGGAAGUCCCCGGUUUGCCUCCAGAAGAAGAAGACGACGAUUUGGAAUAUCCAAUUUACGUUCCCAAGCCUACCAAAGUAGUAUUCUCGGUUGACCCUAUUAGAGUAUUUUCAACGUUUAGUAUAUCAGAUUAUGACAGAAGAAACGAGGACGUGGAUCCAGUGGCAGCUUCAGCAGAAUACGAAUUGGAAAAGCGAGUGGAAAAAAUGGAAGUGUUUCAUGUGGAGCUUAUUAAAGGGCCUGAGGGUUUGGGCUUGAGUAUAAUUGGCAUGGGAGUGGGAGCUGACGCGGGCUUGGAAAAAUUAGGGAUUUUCGUUAAAACUAUUACAGCUAAUGGGGCGGCUGCCAAAGAUGGCCGCAUCAAAGUCAAUGAUCAGAUUAUCGAGGUGGAUGGUAAAAGUCUUGUAGGUGUUACACAAGCUUAUGCUGCUAGUGUUCUUAGGAAUACUUCAGGAUUGGUUAAAUUUAGCAUAGGCAGAGAACGCGAUCCGGAAAACAGUGAAGUUGCCCAACUUAUUCGUCAAUCUUUACAAGCUGAUAAAGAACGCGAGGAACGGAGGCAAAGGAUGUUUGAAGAACAACAACAAAGUGAUGCUAGUACAGUUCAACUUACAGGUAAUUUAAAAUCAUAAUAUACAGGGUGGUUGAUUUUCGAUAGUUUGAUAGGGUACAGCC